AUAGUGAAUUACACUUCCUGGACACGUCGGCGUAGAGAAGGCUGCUGUGACGUCUGCACUCCGUGGCUGUGCUGAGUGGAAGCAACGAUAGUUAGUGCAAGAAUCUGUUAAAAAAUGGAAACGUUGUACAGUCUUCCGUUCACUGUGUUGGAAUGUCCAAAUAUAAAGCUUAAAAAACCAUCAUGGCUGCAUAUGCCUUCUGCUAUGACAGUGUAUGCGGCGGUCAUUGUGUCUUACUUUCUCAUCACUGGAGGCAUUAUUUAUGAUGUAAUUGUGGAACCACCAAGUGUCGGCUCUAUGACUGAUGAGCAUGGUCAUCAGAGACCCGUGGCUUUCCUGGCCUACAGGGUGAACGGGCAGUACAUCAUGGAGGGUCUGGCCUCGAGCUUCCUCUUCACCAUGGGCGGCCUAGGUUUCAUCAUCCUGGACCGUUCCAACGCACCCAACAUCCCUAAGCUGAACCGCUUCCUGCUGCUCUUCAUCGGCUUCGUCAGCGUUCUCCUCAGCUUCUUCAUGGCCCGUGUCUUCAUGAGGAUGAAGCUCCCUGGUUACCUCAUGGGCUAGUGCACCAUCCUUGCACCAUAUUCAAUUUCAUUCAGUUUGAGGAGUUGCUGUAACCACAAGGGCAACACCAGUGCCAUGGAAGACUGUUUGUGAUCGAGUGUGUGUAUGCGUGCAUAUGUGGGUUUGUGUGUGUGUGUGUGCGCGCGCGCGUGCAUGUGUAUGUGUGUGUGUGUGUGUGUGUUAAAUGGGUGUGGUUAUGCAAGAAGAGACUAGUUUUUCCAAGUGCUUUACUUUACUGAGUAGAAUCCAAUUUCUUAUCCAGUAGAUUUAACAGGUUUGACUUCAUUCACAGACUCAAAAUCAAGUCGAUACGUACAGCAAGUAAGUCAUCAGGAUAUGCAGUAGUAUGAGUGUGAAGUUGACUGACUUGUGAUUAUAUUCCUGAGUGAUGUUUCGCCUCGGGUGCACUUGUUUUUGUAGACACUUGUGUCUCUGCGAAGACCUUUAAAAGUGUCUGUGGGUGUGUAGCCUGUGUGUAUGGUGUUUCGUUUUUCUAUAAGAAUUGAGAAUAAACGUCCUUUCCAUUA